AUGGCUUACAAGCACAUUCAUGGUGAUCGCAUUCCUAGAAUUUCAUACACCAAGCCCGAAAUUCAGACAUGGAAUACAGUCUUCACCCAGCUAAGGGAUCUUUAUAAGACGCAUGCUUGCCGGGAAUUCAACGAUAGUUUUACUCUGCUCGUUGAGAGCUGUGGAUACCAACCGGACAACAUCCCUCAGCUUGAAGACGUCUCAAACUUCCUCAAAGAUCGGACCGGAUUUACUCUGCGUCCUGGCGGCGGUCAGAUGUCCGCUCGGGACUACUUUGCUGGACUGGCCUUUCGGGUCCACCACAGCACCCAGUACAUCAGGCAUCCCGAUUGGCCUAUGUACAACCCAGAGCCGGAUGUCUGCCAUGAGCUCCUUGGACAUGUACCGCUCUUUGCGGAUCGGGAGUUUGCUCAAUUCGCUCAGGAGAUUGGUCUGCUGUCUCUUGGCGCUUCAGAUGAGCAAAUUGAAAAACUGUCCACAUUGCUUUGGUUCACCGUCGAGUUUGGACUGUGCCGACAGAACGGUCAAAUCAAAGCCUACGGUGCUGGACUCUUGUCUUCAUUCGGUGAACUGAAGUAUUGUUUAUCUGAUGAGCCUGAGAUUCGACCUUUUGACCCCGAGAUGACCUCGGUCACAGACUAUCCUGUCUGUAAGUUCCAGCCCAUUUACUACCUUGCUGAAAGCUUUGAAGAUGCAAAGGAAAAACUCAGGUAAA